CAAAACAGUUCGUUUCGUUUUUGAGGAGGUUAUCUCUUCAACCAAACAACUUGUCUGCUUAGAACUUAAUUAUUGGAUCAACUACGUCAUGUUAAAGCCUUUUAAAUGCUUGUCUUAUUUGGUUAUAGGUGCUAUAUUUAGUGUUAUUCUUGAUUUUAGAUCAUGAUACAAAUAGGAGAUCGACCCUGAAACUUUCCUAUGACGUGGAGCUAUGUCCCUAUCUCCCAAUCUGGAUGAAAACGACGAUGUCAAUUUACGUGGCCCAUCAAAACACAUCCAGAGUUUCAACAAAAUGCUAUGCAUCGGAAGAGAAUUAUGUUUCUUGAUGCUGAUUAUUUUCACUGCCUAUGCCUCACUCAACUCAUCCACUCACUCUGGCACCACUCCUCCCCCUGCUCCGAUGUUUUCUCGCAGCUCCCCAGUGGUGGACUACUACAAAGGUCAGCUGUCAGAAGCCAUAUUGCGAGCCAGCGAGUCGGACGUCAGUUUCAUCAUGUAUUACGCUCCUUGGGACGCUGAGAGCCGGGAAACGAUCAGACACUUUGAGAACGUAGCGCUGCAGCAUCAAAAACAGGUAUAUUUUGCCGCCAUUAACUGCUGGCAGCCGGGCGGUGAAUGCAAGCGGACGCUCAACAAGAUACAGCAGUUUCCCAAGUUGGUGGCCUACCUCACUCAUGAGACCGGGGUGGAGUAUAGGGGGCCCAGAGAUGCCAGAUACAUGAGUCGGUUUCUGGACAACGUCAUCAGACCGCUGCACAGAAUACAGAACAUGGAGGAUCUGAUAAGACUACGUAGUGCCUACAAUGCGGUGGUGGUGGCUUUCCUACACUUCCGAGGGCCGCGUGGUGGGCCGCAGUACAGGGCUGUGUACGAAACAGCCCACAAGUACCUGGAGAAGGUGGUGACACAGGAGGUGGCGUUUGCUGUGGUCACAAGCUUCAGGACGACCAGGGAACUGGGCGGAAACCGGACCCCUCACCUCCGACUGUAUUUGUGGAACGAGACUCUGGACUAUCCUGGCCACUACAGUGCAGACGCAAUCUACGAGUGGAUCCAGUCACGGCUACACCAGGUAACACUGUGGAUGACGCCGCCUGGUGUCAAGAGCCUGACUCUGGCUCCGUACGUAGUCAACAGUCCAACGUUGCUCAUGUUCACACCAGCUGACAACUUUGUUAUGUACAACUUGUUGAGAGAAGUUGGUCUUGAGUACUACAACUCUCAAAACAACUCUGAUGUUUCGGAACUUGCCCGUAAUGUCUCAGAGUAUGUGACAGAACGUGUGGGGCAGAUGCGGAGAGCGGCAAUGUCGUGUCACUCGCGACCCCUAGACCUGGCGACCACUGUGCAGGUCGCACAGAGUGUGUGGACCAACAGUAGCUGUGAUAGACGCAAGCGACAAUGUCUGCUGGCCACACAGCGGGCCUCACAGUGCCUCAGCCCCGCUGCAGCUGAGGUUGACCCGUUGUCAGGCGCCGCUCUACAGGACAUGUCUAGACGUGACUUGUGUCGUCGUCACUCCCCGGCCCCCCCACAGCCCCCGCCUACAGACAUGUCUCCACAUCUACGGGGCCUGGCCUACAGACACAACCAAUCCAUUAGUCUACUGGCCAUGGACUCAUUGCUGUACUCUCACUUCGCCAAGGGACUGGGGGUUGAGCUUGACACGAUGAAGGGCAACACUGCUGUUGUCCUGAUGAACCCUGAGAUGGAGACGACACACCUGUUGAGUCAACCCAUCACUCGAGCUUCUCUGUCACAGUUCCUGGUCAACUUCACCGAGGGGAGGUUAGACAGGUUCCAACGAACUGGACUACCCCCUCCACCUCCCCAACCCACAACACUGCCUACUGUGCAGAUUGUAGAGCUGACCACAGCCACCUUCGUGGAGAGAGCAUUCAACAACUCCCAAACCGUGGUAGUUCUUUACUACUCCCCCUACUGUGGAUUCUGCCAGCCAGCCAGUCUGGCCUAUCUGACUGUGGCACGUCGUCUGCGCUCCGUCCCCUCCCUGCUGUUUGCUCGUGUAGACGGAGAGAACAACGACCUCCCGUGGCAUCUGACAGCUCCCAAGUACCCCACAGUGCUGGUCUUCCCUGCUGGACGGAAGGACGAGUCGAGAGUUUUCACCGGUCGGGGUGGCAUUACUGCAGAGGCAUUAACACAGUUUGUGUUGGCCAACCUGCCUUUGGAGCUAAGAUUGUUUGCCAUGGUGCAGGUGUGCCAACUAUCACAGACUAAUGUUGCUCGUAGACAGUGCCUUGUCCAAGUGCGGAGGGAAGUGUUGGAUGCUAUCUCCUCUCAUCUGCUCCGCUACAGAGCCUUGUCUCUGACACCUGAUUCCACCGAGGGCAAGCCCUUAGCCCUGCGUAGAGUGGUUAGCAAGCUGCAGAGGUUAAAGCAGCUCCAGCUAGCUUUGAGUGUUGAUUGGUCUCGACUGCCCAAGUUGUUGCUGAAGGAUGAACUGUGACGUCAUUCUUCCUUUCUCUGGAGGUUACAUUCACUCUGUGCUAAUGAUUCUCAACCCCAUUCAGUUAUCCAUUAAGGUUUGGAACAAAAUUCACCACAAUAUUGAUAAAUGCCACGUAAUUAUAUUAUUAGACCUUGUUUGAAAUAGGACUUGCAUUUGUAUGUACAAAGAGGCCAGUGUUUGUAAAAAAUAAAUUACCUUCAGUUUCCAACAGAUUUUUAACAUUUAGGGUGUUAAUUUUAUAGGAAAAGAAGUUAUUUUAAGGUGAUUAUAACUUUUUCCUGCAGUUACCUAACAAUGUACAUGUUCUCUCACUGAUUUGAGAAAGCAAAGUGGCCAAUUCGCUCAUCAGUGAGACAAUGUUAACAUUGUCUCACUCUAAUUACUUUGUCUCACUCCAGAUUUGCAACGUGAAGGCACGAAAUAGUGAUCGCGUAACAUGCAGACAAGGUCGUAUGCGCGUGAAAAACGUUGGCAGCACUGGCUGUAAAUCAGCUGGUCAGCUGUUGUAUUGUUGUAUCAUUAAAUGUCAUAUUAAAAGUUCACUUCUGUGUUAAAAUAUGUUACGUUUCUUUACCAAUUUAUUUGUUUUAUGGUAAUGGUAACUGUAGGAAAAAUAUAAUGUGCAACUCGAGUGCAAAGUGCAAUUGCCUCACUCGAGAAACUUUUCCUCACUCGCCUACGGCUCAUGAGCAAGUAUUUCUCUCGAGUGAGUCAAUUGCUCACUAGUUGCACAAAUAACUAUUUUCAUAAAUUUAUAUUAGCUUGAAUCAUGCAGAAUUAUAUGACAAUACUUGGUUAUUAAAUUGGUACUAUCCUGUAGUUUCAGUUUCAAAUGUCCCUGAAAUGUUAUAUCCUAAAUCAAAACGACCAAUAAUUGCUAAUGUUUUAUUUCAUGGACUUUGGCAUGUAGUUUCUAGAAUUUAAAAUUACACUGUCCACUGAUACUCUCCUUCACUAUGCUGCCUUUUAGUGAACUUUUGACGUUACCAAUAUUCCUAGAUAUGCCAAAUCCAAAUACUAAUCUGCUUAAGCGAUUUCCUAUACCCCAACGGGUUUUAAAAAGUGGAUUUACUUUUAGUGGGCUAAUCCACUUUAUAAAAUACACAUACAUGAAAUUUCAUGGAUAUUAUUUAAUAUUUAUUCAAAUUUGAUUGCCCCCGAUUACAGUGCCUGGGCCUCUUUUACUAUAUGGUAGGGAACUUGUAAAUUGUUGUCCUCAACAUAAGUACACAUUUUUCUCUUGCACCGUUUCCUGUGAUAUUGAUCAUAUCUUGGCUGUGGUAUUUAUUAAGAUUAUUAUGAUUUUGCUGAAGAAUUUGUACAUAAUUAAAAUCCAGAGUGGGUUAAGGUUUUAAACAAUUUUCACUUCUACAGGGUUAAGGUGUAUGUUAGUGAUUCCUUAACCUUAAAAAUUUUCUCAAGAAAAUGUUAACAUUUGUUUUUUAUAAACUACUACAUUGUUAUUUAAAACAUAAAUGUAUAUCUAUUUUGUAUGUAUGAAUAUUUAUCAUUAUAAGAGUGACAUUGUAAAUCAUUGUGUUUAAUUCAAUACAAAUAUUAGUUUUUGGUGCAAUUGUGUAGAACCAAAACUUGCUCUAGUCUAUAAAAUCCACAACGAUUCUAUGUAAAAUUGUACAUAACUAUAUAUAUAUAUGCUAGUUGGUAUAGCGUUGUUACUCAUGUUUAUAUUGUAUAUAUGUAUGUAACAUUUCUUAUGAAAUACACCAGUGUUUGUAUAACU